CUAAACCCAUGUAACUAAACGAACAAUUGUCUUCCUUCCCUUGCCCCUUCCAUACGAUAAUAUGAUACGUCAUGUUCGCCAGCAUCCUGACGUGAGUUGUUGUCGUGGCUGUCCUGCACCAUAAGAAAUGGCGGUCUCUAGGCAACAGCUCGCCUUACUAUGUGCUCCAGAAGGCUGAAGGAAGGAAACAUAAGAUUGGAUAUCAGAUCAGAUCGUCAUGGGGGAUUGCGUAUCGGCUGAUCAGCGAACAAAACCCAAAACAGCCCAAGUGGAGUGGACCAGAAAAGCAAUGGCCAGAACUCCGCCAACACAACACUUGUUCUUUCCGUCUUUGUCUCUUUUCUAUCCAUCCCGUUUGAUAUAUAAAUGUUUCGCCCUUCUCCUUCUCCUUCAUCCAUACCCCUUUUCUCUUUGUUCUAACCUCCAGUCCCUUGGCUUUGUCUACUCCAGGGGUACACCGCAUAGCAUUCUAUCUUUCCAUCGUUCUCCCGACUUGGCGGUAACACGGCGUGACGAUCGGCAAGGGAACAAAAGAAAAAAAGGGGAAGAAGACAUCUACGUCACUUGUACUUCAUCAUCAGCAAUUGCGUUGCAUCUAAGGCUCGUGUCUAAGGUCUUGCCUAACCAAUCGACUCAAUUGAGGGAAAAUGAACGACCUCACUGAUCGUACUGAUCAAAUCACGCUCAAUGACUCGUCAAAGUGCCUAGAGUCAAAAAGCUCAGUGGACUUUGCACCUUUUGUUGCGUCUCACCUGGAGGUGAUUUACAGCUCGCUCAAAUCCUUGCCCGGGGUCGAUUUCCUCCGGGACAUCCAACAUGAGACUCCUAAGGACGACAGUAACAAUGGGGCUGUAGACCCCCUCGCUUCCUUAGCGGCGCUUCGGGAGUAUAUGGCCAGUUCUGCCUCUUCGGCAUCGGGACCUGUCAAGCAGCAGAACUAUUCAGCACCCAUUAGUGACUAUUUCAUCUCUUCGAGUCAUAACACUUACUUGACUGGGAACCAAUUGUACAGCGAUUCAGACGCGAGUGCUUAUACAAACGUCCUUCUGAAUGGAUGUAGAUGUGUCGAGAUCGACGUAUGGGAUGGCGAGCGAAGCUCCGAAUGCCCAUCUGCUGAUGACACAAGCAGUAGUAGUAGCGAUUCAAGCUCCGAGAGAAAGAUAAAGGACGGGUCAAAAAGGGAAAGGCUUAAGAGUAUGGCUAAACGACACGCCCGUUUGGGAUCCAUAUCAACCAAAGUUGGGGGUCUCCUAGGCCGCAAGUCGUCUCCUGAGGACGUGCCUCUCGACAACAGUGACCCAGUGGAUCCUGCGACUGAGGUCCCGCAACUCCCAGAGCCCAAGGUGCUUCAUGGCCACACGCUUACCAAAGAGACUACGUUUCGAGAUGUGUGUUAUGCCAUCCGGGAUAGUGCUUUUGUUACAAGUGAUCUACCGGUGAUUGUUAGUCUGGAAGUGCAUGCAUCUCUGGAACAACAACAGGCGAUGGUGGAGAUCAUGGAAGAGGCUUGGAAAGGGAUGCUGGUGGAAGUCACGCCCGAAAAGGAGGCGACUGAUCCUCUGCCCGCACCGGAAGAUCUAAAACGAAAGAUCCUGAUUAAAGUGAAAUACGUGGCACCGACGGGUCAAGACAAAAAGGAGGAAACGCCAGAAGGUAAUGGCGACGAGCUUGAGGCACUCAAGCAACACGCCAAUAAAGGUGACUCCAGUAGCACUGCCGACAAGCCAGCUGAUGUACCCCCAAAGAAGCCAUCAAAGAUCUUGGAAGCUCUCAGCAGACUGGCUAUAUUCACCAAAGGAUUCCACUUCAGUCACUUUGAACAACCAGAGGCCAAAGUACCCGGACACGUGUUUUCGCUAUCAGAAAAUGCGGCUAGAGCAGCGCAUGCGAAAGAUCCCGAAGCCCUGUUUGAACACAACCGCAAACAUUUCAUGCGGAUUUACCCAUACGGCCUACGAGUAAAUUCUUCGAAUCUCGACCCCAGCUUCUUUUGGCGCCGGGGCGCGCAGGUGGUGGCGUUGAACUGGCAGAACCUCGACAAAGGAAUGAUGCUUAAUAACGCUAUGUUUGCCGAUGAGCAAGGUUGGGUACUCAAACCGCAAGGAUAUCUAAGUUCCGAUGCACCCUUGACCAUUGUGCGUCGCCAGCUAGACCUUUCGAUAGAGUUUCUCGCCGGCCAGAACAUCCCCUUGCCUUCAGGAAACACCAACGAGAAGGGUUUUCACCCCUACGUGGUCUGCGACUUGCAUGUUGAGACGCCCGAGGACACCACUUCACCUCAAGUGGAAGACGAGGGCGAGUCAGAGACCGAAAACUACAAGCAAACGAUCAAAAGUGCCUCGGGAGCCAGUCCAAACUUUGAAGGCCAAAUGGUUCAGUUUCCGACUCUAUCUGGGCUAGUUGAAGAGCUAUCUUUUGUCCGAUUCAAAAUUAAAGACGAUGAAUUCGGACGAGACUCGACGGCUGCCUGGGCUUGUAUUAAAUUAGACCGCCUCCAAGAAGGCUACCGGCUAAUCCACCUGUACGACUGUUCAGGAGCAAAAACCGACGGCGUCCUGCUAGUUCGUAUUAUCAAACGGGUCACCUAGUUUGUUUGUGUUGGACGUUCUAAAGUCACCUGGGUGGUGAAAAAUAGAAUAAAUUUGAAAGGAGACACUG